UCUGUGUCUAUGCGGGCGUUUUGCAGUUCUCUAGGAUGAACAAAUCAAAUCUGAACCGUUCGUCUUCUUCGAGAAACGGUUUAUCUUAAAACGAUCCCAUAUGAAUCACACGAGUCCUACGUAACACGCACGCGCAUGAAUAUGAAGUCCGUGCCGUGUAAAAGUCCCAUCUUCCAUUUUUGACGAGUAGGAAGAUUUUUUUACAGAGAGAGACGGUUCAGUUCGGAUUCUAACUUCUUGGGAAUUAACAAAAAAAAAAAAAAAAGUCGGCUCUUCCUCCUGUUUAUCCACAGGCAUUAGCAAAGACAUAUAAACAGAACCUUCGUAUUGUUCUCGUGCUGUUUUAGCUGGGUCUCCUAAAACGUCUGUAAUUUCUGGCGUUGGGAAAAGCGAUACAUUGUGUUUUGAAGAUAAUUCAUUGAGUUGCUUUUUGAAUCAUCUGCGGGUUCAGAGAUAUAGAAAGAAUGGAGAGCGAAACCGAGGCUUCAUUGUCUUCUCAAAGUUCUGCAAUUUCUGAACUUAGUGAUGAAGAUGUGUCUGUGUUGGAAAACGGAUCUGGGAAUUACGGGUGCUCUCAUUACAGGAGGAGAUGCAAGAUCAGAGCGCCUUGUUGCAAUGAGAUUUUCGAUUGCAGGCAUUGCCAUAAUGAAGCAAAGAAUUCCAUAGAAACCGAUCCUCUUGAUCAACAUGAUCUUCCACGCCAUGAAGUAGAACAGGUCAUCUGCUCCCUAUGUGGUACAGAACAAGAUGUUCAGCAGUAUUGCACAAGUUGUGGCGUUUGUAUGGGAAAGUAUUUCUGUACAACAUGCAAGUUUUUUGAUGAUGAUACUUCAAAGAACCAAUUCCACUGUGAUGAAUGUGGAAUCUGCAGAAUUGGAGGCAAGGAAAAUUUCUUCCACUGCAAUAAAUGUGAAUGUUGCUACUCUAAGUCAAUGGAAGAUGGACAUCAGUGUGUUGAAAGAGCAAUGCACCACAAUUGCCCUGUUUGCUUUGAGUUUCUGUUUGAUUCAAUGAAAGCGAUUACUGUCUUGCCAUGUGGACACACAAUACAUGAUGAAUGUAUGGAAGAGAUGAUGCAACAUUUCCGGUACUCAUGCCCCAUCUGCUCAAAGUCCAUCGGUGAUAUGUCUGGUGCAUGGGCAAAGCUUGAUGAAGUGAUUGCCUCAACUCCAAUGCCUGAAAUAUACUUGAAUAAGAUGGUCUGGAUUCUCUGCAAUGAUUGUGGAGCAAAUUCUAACGUUCAAUUUCACGUUAUGGCGCAUAAAUGCCCAAGCUGCAAGUCUUACAAUACAAGACAGAUACAAGGAGAACAAACUGCACCGUGUGCAUCGAGGGUGGCCGAGACAAUGAGCUGUCACACUGGUUGAUCGAGAGGCUUUUAGAUUAACCAACCAUUCGUCUUUCCAGGGGAAGCCACCUUUUGUUAGAAAUGUUUUGUCUAAUGUUCAAUCAUAUAUACAAACAUUAUACAAUUUAUACUUGAAAAAAAAAUGUUUGUAUAAUGUUCAAUCAGUAAUGGGCUCAUGGUUUACUUUUCCAAAACAAAAGAAAGGAAAAGAAAGGGUUCAUGAUUUAACGUGCCGAUUGGGUUCAAUGUAAAGCUUGUCUGGGCUAUUUUCAAUCAUAAAUGUCAUCAUUCUUUCCAUAUUCUGUAA